AUGCAGGAACACGAAGGUGUGUACCAUCCGGUGACAUUCACCAGUCGCACGCUGAAGGCAAACGAACUCAACUAUGGAGUGGUGGAUAAAGAAGUAUUGGCGCUUUUACGAAUAUUGAACGUCUGCUACUCACAGCUGGUAUCCAGAUCGAUCAAGGUCCAGUCACGAUUCUCAACACUGGCCUGGUUGCUCAAGUCGAACCGGUUCGACGGUCGACUGUGUAGGUGGCCAGCACUACUGUCAGGAUGGAUGUUGGAGGUCACCAAGUGUGUGAAGGGUGAAGACGAAAUCCUCGGAACAAUCGCAGCUAGCAUCACUCCCCGAGCCGAUGUCGAUGAAGCUCUAGGCGCGAUAGCACCCAAGACACAUCUACGGAAAAUGAUCACCAUGCCUCUACCAACGAUCGAACAAGACGAGAACCUCUUGGUGGUGAGUUUUGACGGAUCUGUGCGAGUGAAGCGCAGCGGCGGUGCGUAUAGUCCAGUCGUGUGGAAACUCUCGGAGUGGACGGUGGUGGAAGCCAUGUCGGAGUACAUGCCAGAUUUGACAGUGAACGAGGCGGAAUACCGUGGACUGAUUCUUUGUUUCGAUUUGCUCUCGACCUUGGACAGGGACCGUGUCGUAAUUUAUGAUGACUUGAAUUUGGUGAUUCGUCAGAUGCAGGGUGCGAUGGACUGCAAGACACCAGGCCUGCAACUGCUCCGACAGAAGGCGUUGAAUCGACUACGGUCGUGGCCGAAACACGAGUUCCUCCACGUGAAGUGGGAAUGGAAUCAGAUUGCGGACAAAUUGGCAAGUGCGGUGCUGCAACGAGAAGAAGGCGAAAUAGUCACCUCAGAGAACGAUCGUCAGGACUUGAUCACCCUCAACCGACUGGGCGAAAUGCUGAAGCCAAAGUUGAUCAAGACAGUCGUCAGCGUAAACGCAAUCACGCGAGCCACUGAGAGACAACGACACACACCGAAAGCGAUGGGAGAAUCUAUCAUACAGCGCAUACGGUGUCAGAGGAUUAGACAAGCUCAGGAUGAAGAGAAGUGGAUUGCAGAUAUGAAGGAGUACCUGGACGGGGAGGUGAGUGCCUUGACAGCAGAAGAGGCGAAAGCAUGCUCGGAGAUAGCCGCGAAUUACGAAGUAGACGAGAAUGGGCUACUCUUCUUUUGCCCCAAGAUACUGCAACGAGGCGAAGAUCGCGACGGUGUUAGCCCACACCGGAUUGAGGGAGGCACACAGGUAUGUCUUUACCUGGAUCGCGUAAAGGAAGAUUUCCCUCGCAAGCUACACACCGUUUCGCGCGACCGAGCCGAUCGGCAAUCACGCAGCUCGUCUCGAGACCGCCGGCUCAGGGUAUCGAAUUUUCCCGAUAGUACAUCUGUCGAAGUUGAAGCCACUGCGAACAUUCCCGGAUCGACCAAAAGUUGGUUUAAGCACCGGAGACGAUGA